AGCGCUGGGACAGGCGGGGAAAACAGCAGCAGCAGCAGCAGCAGCAGCAGCAGCAGCGCAGCCCAGCCUGCAGCGCGGCACCUCCCCUAAGCAUGGCGGCACCGAGCAGCGGAGGUUCCUGCUUCGUGCUGGGGGGCUCGGGGGCGACGGGCCGGGCGCUGCUGCGGGAGCUGUGCGCACAGCGGCCCUUCAGCAGAGUGACGGUGAUCGGGAGGCGGCAGCUGAGCCUGCCCGAGGGGAGCGGCGUGGCCGUGGAGCAGGCGGUGGUGGACUUCGAGCGGCUGGGCGAGCACGCCGAUGCCUUCCGCGGCCACGACGUGGGCUUCUGCUGCCUGGGCACCACCCGGAGCAAAGCGGGUGCGGAUGGCUUUGUCCGUGUGGACCGGGACUACGUGGCGCAGGCAGCCGAGCUGGCGCGGGCAGGGGGCUGCAAACACUUCGUCCUGCAGUCCUCCCAGGGAGCGAACGAGCGCAGCAGCUUCCUGUACCUGCGGGUGAAGGGAGAAGUGGAGAAACUGGUUGAGGCUGUCGGCUUUGACCGCUGCACCAUUCUUCGGCCAGCGGUGCUGCUGUGUGAACGCCAGGAGUUCCGCCCCACCGAGUGGAUCACGCAGCGGAUUCUGGGAUUCGGCGCCCGGUUCUGCCCCACUGCUUACACAGUGCCUGUAGAAACGGUGGCGAGGGCAAUGGUGGCCAGUGUGCUCCAGCCGAGUGGGGAGAAGGUGGAGGUGCUGGAGAACAAAGCCAUCCAUCAGCUGGGAAAGGCAGUGCCGCAGCCGGGCACAUAGAGCUAAAGGCAUGGGCAACAAGUGGUUGGCUGACCUUCUGGAUUCUCUUUUGGGCUAUGAUGAAUGUAUGGGAUAAUAGUGGAGUGUUUGCAUGGACAAUGGGGAAAUGGGGUGCAAAUCUGGGUAAGCAUUUUAUGAUUUAAACAAUUCCUUGAAUUGAGACUUUGAAUAAAAGUCCCUGUGACUGGCGUGUGCUA